ACACAUCUGACAAGUCUAUAUCAAAUCUAUACACAUCAAAAUGCCAGUCCGAGACCCCAUCUUCGAAGCUCGUACAAAUGUGAAGCUCCACUCCAACCGCCUGAAAAAAGAAGCCCUCCGCGCCGAAGCAACCUACAAAUCCGAAAAAGCCAAAGCCGACAAAGCCAUGAAAAACCGCGAAUUCCAAAUCGCACGUAUCCACGCUGGCUCCGCAGUCCGCGAAAAGAAACGCCAAGUAAACCUCAAAGCCGAAGCCGCACGCGCAGACGUAAUAAUCAACGAACUCAAAGCCGCACAAUCAACCCGCGACACUUCACGCACACUCGCUUUGGCAUCGAGGGGAUUAGACGCGGCUAGUAAAUCCGUGAAUUUGGAACAUCUGCUAGCGCACGCGAAUAACUUUUUGGCGAGAUCGGAGGAUUUCAAGAUUGCGUCUAGUGCUAUUUCGGAUGUGGCGCAGGGUGUUUCGCAGCAAGAGUAUGGUGCGGAGGGGGAGAGUGAAGUUGAUAAAUUGAUGGAACAAUUGGCUGAUGACGCUGGAGUGGAUUUGAGGAAUGCUUUGGAUGCGGUGACAGCUGCUGCUCCUAAAGAGGAUGUUAAGGAGCAUGCGAAUAAACAUGCUGAUGCGGAGGUGGAGGAUGCUCUUGGUGCAAGGUUGAGGGCUUUACGGGCUGAGGGUUGAUUUUUUUUUUCUUCUAUUUGUUUUUUUCGGAGUUGAUGUUUAAUGUUUGAUGUUUUUGGCGCUGGUUAUGGAUAUAUAGCGUAGUUCUUGAAUUUGAUGUUGUUUAUUC